CUCGGCCGAGGGCGGAAAAGGGGGGCGACAGGAAGCGGGGCGGGGGGCUGCCUCCCUCGCUUCCUCGCUGCUCUCGGUCGCUUCGCCCGAGCUCGCCGAAGACCCUUCGCGUCGUCACCUGGCGGGAGAGGGGGCCGGCGGACGGUGCCCGUGCGGGUCGGGAUGGGGAGGGAAGUGUUUGUACGAUGCAUCCCUCGAGACUGCUGCCCACAGCUGCCAGCUGCCUUGGGGGUCCGCGGCGCUACCGCUUUCCUCGCCGCACUGGCAACCCCGGGGGAGUCAGGUCGAAGAGUUUGGCUCCGUGCAGGCCCCGGGACUGGAUCGAGCGCGCUUUCUCUUUCUCCCCUCUGCCCGACGUUAGGCUGGUUUCUUCAGUGCAGGCUGUGCUGGCCACCGGGUCGGGCAUCGUCAUCAUACGCUCCUGCAGCGACGUGGUCAACGGCAGGCACUGGCUUGCCCGGGAAUAUGUCUGGUUUUUGAUUCCAUACAUGAUCUAUGACUCCUACGCCAUGUACCUCAGUGAAUGGUACCGAACCAGAGACCAGAACCAUGGACACUCCACCACUUUUAGAAACUUUCUAAGUCAAAACCGCCUGAUGAUCACUCACCAUGCCGUCAUUCUAUUUGUCCUUGUGCCAGUUGCACAGAGGCUGCGGGGAGACCUUGGGGACUUCUUUGUCGGCUGCAUCUUCACAGCAGAACUGAGCACUCCAUUUGUGUCACUGGGCAGAAUUCUGAUUCACCUAAAGCAGCAGCACACCCUUCUGUACAAGGUGAACGGAAUCCUCACACUGGCCACCUUCUUCUCCUGUCGGAUCCUUCUCUUCCCCUUCAUGUACUGGUCCUAUGGCCAACAGGAGGGACUGAGCCUGCUUCAGGUGCCAUUCAAUAUUCCUUUCUUCUGCAAUGUGGCCAAUGCCUUCCUCAUCGCUCCUCAGAUCUACUGGUUCUGUCUGUUGUGCAGGAAGGCAGCCCGGCUCUUUGACACUCCCCAAGCCAAAAAGGAUGGUUAAACGCUCCCAGGAGUCAGGCAGCAAGGGUGCCUCCUCCACUCAGUAUUCCACGGACCAAAUCGUGCCCUGGGUGGGCUCAGCCUUUUGGAUGUUGAUAAGCAGAUGGAUUUGAGUUUUUCUAAAGAAUAUUCUUAUUCCCUCCCUCUUCUAACCUGCCCCUUUCACAAAAGCACUUUUUUGUUUUUAGUAACAACUAUUGGAUCCCGUCAGACCUCUACUGGCAGCAAGGUGGUUUCAAAGCAAGCCCAAGGAUCUUCCCCGGGUCUUAUCUCCAGAGCUCUGGGAGGCAGGAGCACGGGCUGUAGAGGAUCAGGGUGGAUCAGGGUGUUCAGUGUCUGGGCACCUGCCCGGCCCUAACGUUGGCAGCCACCCACAUUCCCAACCACUCAGGGCAGUACCCGCGGUGCUGGGCCAGCAGAAGCAAGUGAUGACUUAGCUCUUGAAGUAGUGUCUUCUUGCAACAUUGGCCUAGGAAAAUCAUUGUGGGGAGGUAGUUUUUGUUGUUUACCAGAUAACCCACUGGUUCUUUGCCUUAUCCUCUCAUCCAUGUCAACAUUGAAUUCUCAUGUUUACUGACUUCCAAUCAGAAGUCCCACUGGCGGUGGGGUAGGAGGCAGGCAGGGUUGGGAACCGGAAGCUCUCGAGUAGGUAGGGAGGUCAAUAGAGGUCAGUACAACCUUUGCAGGCCUACUUGGUAAAAAAACCAGUGUCAAACUUGUGAGCUCAUUGCAAGCAGUCACAAAUACUAGUCCCUUUUUAGCACGUCCCCUCAUGCCCAGCUUUCCCCACAUCUACAUGCAUAGGAUGCUCUCAUAAAAACUAGAAGGGCAAAGUGAAAUGAUGGCCUUGGUAGCUAUUUACUGGGUGACCCCACUCUUUGGCACUGUCCUUUUCAUAUGAAGUGGAAAUGGACUUCUAUACUCCAAACCGUGAGGUGUCUCAUCUAGACUGCGGAGUACUUUUCCCAGAGCCUCCUGAAAAAGACAGAGCUUGUGGUCCAAAGCCCAUUCCUGUGUGAGUGUACUGCCAUUUAGCCACAGAAGGCUGGAGAGCAAGAUGGCAGCAUCCUGGCCAGAGUAUGUCCUGUGAACUGACACGUCACCCCUACUUGCAGAUAGGAUCCUCUGGUGCCAACACUAAUCAUUCCUUAACAAGGAUGGUGCCAACACUAAUCAUUCCUUAACAAGGAUGGGUUUCAGAGACUGCUACCAUGUUUCUUCAAGUGGUAGUAAAAAACUAGAAUUUUUAAAGUGCCUUUUAAUUCAUUGUCCAUGAACUUUUAAAGGACUGAAUGAUUUAUAAUAGUGUCUCAAAUUUUGACUGUUUCAGUCUUUAAUGGGUGCCAUUUAAAAAACAUAAAAUGCUAUAAUUUUUUUUA